AUGUUUAAAGCGACAGGAAAACCUACAAAACCAGGAAAAACACCUCUAAAUUACAGUAAAGAGGCAGAACACCAAAAGCUAGAUACAGCGUUUCAUCAAUUGAACAUUUUGCCAGAAGAGGAGCAAUUCGUUCUUAAACACCGUUUCGAAAAUAGAAUUCCUGAACGUGAGGACACCACAAUACCGUUCGUCCAAGAUCCGUGGACUCUUCCUCCUCAAUACAGUGACCAACCAACUGGACCUGUUCCUGAUCAUAACCCGUUCAUACCUUCAAGUGUAUCAACUCCAAUCAGGCCAUUACAACCAACACGGGUGGUUCGACCCAAAAUUCCACAAGUCUUUCUAACGCAUUCUACAGGGACAUCAACACCUGGACCAGUACAACAACCGUAUCCCGGAACGCCAUUACCGGUAAAUAAACUUUCAUUGCCUGCUUUACAGACGCCGUCCCAUUUUUCUUCAAACACGACCCCAGCAGCCAUAGCAAUUGUGACAGCAGCCACUACAGUGCCAUCUUCAUCUGCAUCUUCAAUACCAAUUUCAACAACCUCUGCACCACCACCAGCAACAACAACAUCCACCGCUUCAGCAGCUAUUUCAGCAGAAGAAGCUCAACAGAAAAGUAAAAUUUAUUAUGACAAAUCUACUAAACAACCAAAAUUUAAAGUUGGAGAUCAUGUUUUACUUAAGGUUGAAAAAGUUCAAGUAGGAAAGAAAAAGAAGUUAGAACCUAAAUGGACGGUUACGACAACCACAACGACAGGAGCAGGAGCAGGAACAACAACCACAACAUUACCAUCAACUACGACAAAUUCUUCAGAUCAAAAUCAAGAUACUAUUGCUCUUCAGAAUUAUAGAAUUGAUUUGAAAACAGCCAUAAUAAAUUUAAUAGAAGGAAAAUUAUCUCCUCUUCUUCUAAAACCGGAUUAUGAAGUUUCCACAGUUAUGACAACUAAAGAUUCCACCACUGCAACUAGUUCAACAACAACAACUAGUACAUAUGCGGAUACAACCACAACAACUACAUCCAUUGACACGACCACAACAACUACAUCCAUUGACACGACCAUGACAACUAAAGCACCCACUGACAUAACCAGAAGAAAUAUGAAAUCCACUGAUGCAACCAUGAAAACUACAACUAUGGAGUCAACCACAACUGUUGAUUCAGCGACUGGUUCCACCAUUGUGUUUAAUCCUGACCAUUCUAUCCAUAACACUCUUCAUGUGUAA